AUGGCAGCAGCACCCCAGGGUAUGCCUGAUUUAUCGAAUGCAAUCGUCGCCCAAGAUGAAAUGGGUAGACCGUUCAUUAUCGUUAGAGAUCAGGGAAAGAAACAGAGGAAACAUGGCAUUGAAGCAACUAAAUCGCAUAUUCUAGCUGCCAGAUCAGUUGCAAAGAUUGUCAAAAGCUCUUUGGGACCCAGGGGACUUGAUAAGAUUUUGAUAAGUCAAGAUGGCGAUAUCACUAUAACCAAUGAUGGUGCAACUAUUCUCUCCCAGAUGGAUUUGGAUAAUCAAAUUGCUAAACUUUUGGUUGAGUUGUCCAGGUCUCAAGAUGAUGAGAUUGGUGAUGGUACCACAGGUGUUGUUGUAUUAGCAAGUGCUCUAUUAGAUCAAGCGUUGGAAUUGAUUGAAAAGGGAAUACACCCAAUCAAGAUUGCUAAUGGAUUUGAUGAGGCUUGUAAGAUUGCAGUUGAGCAAUUGAACAACGUUGCGGAUGAAGUCACCAUUGACAACAAGUCGAAUCUUUUGAAGGCAGCAAAAACAUCUCUUGGCUCAAAAAUUGUUUCCAAAGCACAUGACCAUUUCGCUCACAUGGCAGUGGAUGCCGUACUUGCUGUUGCCGAUAUCGACAGAAGAGACGUUGAUUUCGAAUUGAUCAAAGUCGAAAAGAAAGUCGGUGGUUCCGUGGAAGACUCCAGAUUGAUCAAAGGUGUUUUGUUGGACAAGGAUUUUAGUCAUCCGCAGAUGCCAAAGGUGGUAAGAGAUUGCAAAAUAGCAAUUUUAACCUGUCCAUUUGAACCCCCAAAGCCAAAGACGAAGCACAAAUUGGACAUUUCCACCGUUGAAGAAUUCAAGGUACUACAAGAAUACGAACAAAAAAAGUUUCAGGAAAUGAUUGAUCUGGUAAAAGCAUCUGGAGCAAAUGUUGUUGCCUGUCAAUGGGGUUUUGAUGAUGAAGCAAACCACCUAUUGUUAGCCAAUGGAUUGAAUGCAAUCAGAUGGAUUGGAGGGUCAGAAUUGGAACUUUUGGCAAUUGCCACCAACGGUCGUAUUGUUCCCCGAUUCGAAGACUUGACUGCCGACAAGUUGGGUAAAGCUGGUGUUAUCAAAGAAUUAGAAUUUGGAACCACCAAAGACCACAUGUUGGUAAUAGAAGAAUGCUCCAAUACCAAAGCAGUUACUUGUUUUAUCAGAGGAUCUAACGAAAUGAUCAUAUCUGAGGGAGUCAGAGCUUUACACGAUUCCUUAUGCGUUGUACGUAAUUUGAUCAGGGAGAAUAGUGUUGUUUAUGGAGGAGGUGCAGCAGAAAUUACUUGCUCUUUAGCAGUAUCUGAAGCGGCUGACAAACAAAAGGGAAUCGACCAGUAUGCAUUUAGGGCAUUUGCAGCUGCAUUGGAUACCAUCCCCUUGACAUUAGCUGAAAAUUCUGGGUUAGACCCAAUCGAGACUUUGAGUUACCUAAAGGCGAAACAAGUGAAUGAAAAUAACUCACGUUUGGGAGUUGAUUGUCUAGGUAAUGGCACCAAUGAUAUGAAGGAAUUGUUUGUGAUUGAUCCAUUAAUUGGAAAAAAACAACAAUUAUUGUUAGCCACUCAAUUAACUAGAAUGAUUUUGAAGAUUAAUGAUGUGAUUAUUAGUGGAACAGAUGAAUACUGA